AUGGAUUCGUUGAUCCGUUCGUUCCCAUUUCUUUGGUUCCGUGUCUACGAGAAUGCACUUUUUGAAUUAAACGGUGGUCCAAUUAUGAAUCCAGACUGGAGCUAUGAGCAAUGCGUAAUGCUGAGGGACUGGACUCUUUGGGCGAUGAGUAGCAAUGUAGAAGGAGGACGUUUGCCGAAUAUCGCUCGAUAUCUUCGUGAGCUCAAUUGUCCUGUCAGCGCUUCCAUCCUGGCUGUUCUCUCGAGUUGGACCAUCGAAGUGAGCCUAAUUUCAGAAAUUGGAAUUUCAGUAUUUCGGAAUCUGAGAAUUUCGGAACUUCAGAAACUGAAAAUCUGA